AUGGUUUACUGUCUACAGAUGCCCCUGGACACUGACGAGGACCACUCCUAUAACAAGAGGCCUUGCAGCUUCCUUCCUAAAGAGUCGGAAAGUCAUGUUACCAUGGACAAAGAAGACGGAAGCCUGGAUGGCGAAAACGCAUCUUUCAAGAUGCUUGAGGAAAGGGCUCAACAAGCUCAGCACCAUCGAAGACUGACCAGUGGCUUGUUAAUAGAUUGUAUCACUCAGGACAAAGGCUUACUGCAACAUCUUGAAGCAAUCGUCACUGGACAAGUCAAGUCUCCUUGGGCAAAGAAGGACGAAAGGGUCAUCAUCUUAUUUGAAGAUGAUGACCAGGUGGACCGAGUGUUGUCAUUCCUCUCACAAGUGGUUGAGAAAACACAGACUGAGAGAAGGUUCACAGAUGAGGUGGCAUUCGUCAUGGAUGUGCUUCUGCCAGAGGCGACAGUCCACGCCCUUGCAGCUGUACUCUCGGUUUCCCUUGAAAGAGCCAAGGAAACUUAUAAAUGUGGACCCGAGUAUGACUGGAGUGAGAUGGAACUUUGUUCUCAUUACCUCACCAAGAACUUGAGUGAGGAAGCGCACCAAAGGCUGAAGAACUCCAGUGAAAGGUUCCGAAGAGCUUUGGAUUCCGAGGAGUUUUUAAAUAGGCUUUAA